UGCCAACGCGGACCUCUGUUCUGAGAGCUGUGCUGUGGGAGGAGGACUGUUCUGCUGCCAGAGAGCUGCCAUCAGAAAUCGGCCAUGAUGCUGCUGAGUUCACUGGCGUACCUGUACUUCCUGGGUACCGCUGCUCUUGCCGUCCCUGCUCAGGAGAAGCGGGUCCAUCACCAGCCUGGUCUGAGUGACCACGUCCAUGACGAUAGUCAGAACUACCAGUACGACCAUGAGGCCUUCCUGGGAAAAGAGGAAGCCAAAACAUUCGACCAGCUGACCCCCGAGGAGAGCAAAGACCGACUGGCGAAGAUCGUGGACCGGAUCGACACGGACAAGGACGGCUACGUCACCCACCCAGAGCUGCACCAGUGGAUCAAACACAGGCAGAGGAGGUACAUCGAGGAGAACGUCAACAAGCACUGGAAGGACUACGACCAGAACCGGGACGACAAGAUCGCCUGGGAGGAGUACAAGAACACCACCUACGGCUACUACCUGGGUGAGGAGUUCAGCGACAUUGAGGACAAAGACACGUAUAAGUCCAUGCUGGCCCGGGACGAGCGACGCUUCAAGGCGGCCGACAAAGACCGUGACGGCAUCGCCACGCGCGAGGAGUUUACUGCCUUCCUGCAUCCUGAGGAGUUCGACUAUAUGAAGGAUGUAGUGGUGCAGGAAACUAUGGAGGACAUUGAUAAGGACGGUGACGGAAAGGUCAACCUCCAUGAGUAUAUUGGUGACAUGUACACACCGGAGGACGGCGAGUCGGAGCCUGACUGGGUCCAGACUGAGAGGAAACACUUUGGAGAGUUCAGAGACGUCAACAAGGACGGCUACCUGGAUGCUAACGAAGUUGCCCAGUGGGUUCUACCAGGAGAGGUGGACCAUGCUGACAACGAGGCCAAGCAUCUGAUCCACGAGACCGACACAAACAAGGACGAGAAAAUCACCAAGAAGGAAAUUCUGGCCAAUUGGAACAUGUUUGUGGGCAGCCAGGCGACCAAUUAUGGUGAAGAUUUAACAAAGAAACAUGACGAACUUUGAUGAAGUGUCCUUUGGAAGUUUGGGGCUGGGGAAAUGGGGUGGGUUAGACUGGGUUCACUUAAGUCUCUAAAGUUUUGACUCUUCAUAAUGCGACAGACAGUCUUGGUGUAACCAUGACCCCUUUAUUCAUGAAUGGAAGGUUUGCAACCAGAGAUGCACUGAGGAAUCAGCAGAUAUGAGCAGUAACCUGCUGGUCACCCUCAAAAAUCCUUCUUUUUUCCUCUGAUCAGGGAUUGAACUUUGCUAAGCACUACCAGGUCUCGCUGAUGCUCUUUGUUGUGGAUGUAGUUACUGAGAGAAGACUCAAGUGAAAAACGGGUGAAAUCUGUCUCUGCAUUCUGAUUGGUGCAUCUCUGCUUGUAGCUUCCAGACGCGUGCUACAGGAAGCAGUCACAUACUGUGUAUGUCAGGGUGGUAAUGCUGAGAAAGAGGCCGUCCUUUCUGGGUUUUUAGACUUUUUUUUUUAUUCACUUGGGUUAUCAGAUUAUCACACAAUACACCAAGGCUGUAAUGUUAGGUAUGGAUUCGAGUGGAUUCUAAUAGGAAACAGUGUUCAGAAGAGAGGAAAUAAUUUCUAUUAAAAUGUGACUUUAACAAGUUUAGCCAUCAAAAAGGUAGAAAUUGGGGGGAGAAAGAGGUCAAGGAUGGACUGUUACAGACUUUUUAUAGUUUGACAAUUAAAGUCUUUUUGUACAAAUGUUGUUUGUGGUGUUUAUGCUGUAUUGCAUGGUUUUUUUGUUUUACUUUAAUUACUCAGUAAAAGCUCAUCAAACUGUGAA